AUGGUGGCGAGCGAGGGCCAGAGCCUGGCGGAGACGGCCGCGGCAUCGGCGGUGGCGGCGGCGGCGCCGGCGGGGCUCCCGAAGGAGGCGCGGGGGCUGCUGCACGAGCUGGCGGCGGAGUGGGCGGACGUGGCCGACUGCCGCGCGCUGGAGGUGGUGCCGCUCAAGGGCGCCAUGACUAACGAGGUGUACCAGGUGCGCUGGCUCACCGGCGGCGGCGCGGGCGGCGGCGAGGAGAAGGGGGAGGGCGAGUACCGGAAGGUGCUGAUGCGGGUGUACGGCGAGGGCGUGGAGGUCUUCUUCGACCGGGAGGACGAGGUGCGCACGUUCGAGUGCAUGUCCCGCCACGGCCACGGCCCGCGCCUCCUCGGCCGCUUCCCCACCGGCCGCGUCGAGGAGUUCAUCCACGCCAGGACACUUUCAGCUGUUGACCUGCGUGAUCCAGAGAUUUCAGCUAUUAUAGCAUCCAAAUUGAGGGAGUUCCACCACCUUGACAUGCCAGGUCCAAAACGUGUCCUCAUGUGGGAUAGAUUGAGGAACUGGCUCAAAACUGCCAAGAGCGUCUGCCCCUCUGACGAAGCCAAAGAGUUCCGUUUGGAUAGCCUGGAGAAGGAGAUCAAUGCAUUGGAGAGUGAAUUUUCGGGGGAAGACCAGUGCAUAGGAUUUUGCCACAAUGAUCUCCAGUAUGGCAAUAUCAUGAUUGAUGAAGAGACCAAAGCACUGACCAUCAUUGACUACGAGUAUGCAAGCUUUAACCCAAUUGCUUUUGAUAUCGCAAACCAUUUCUGCGAGAUGGCUGCGGACUACCAUUCAGAAGAGCCUCACGUACUGGACUACACAAAAUAUCCAGAUGUCGAUGAGCGGAAGAGGUUUGUGCAGACCUACCUGAGCUCUUCAGGUGAGGAGCCUGACGCAGAAAAGAUCAAGGAUCUGAUGAAUAACAUUGAGAAGUACACACUCGCCAGCCAUCUCGUCUGGGGCCUCUGGGGAAUAAUUUCGGAACACGUCAACGAUAUCGACUUCGACUACAUGGAGUAUGCGCGGCAGAGGCUUGCGCAAUACUGGCUGAAGAAACCCGAGAUUCUAUCCUGCCGUGUUGAUGAUGAAUGA